AGUCGGUCACAUAUCGAUCCUGUCUUAAAGCGAGCAUCAAACGUUGACUAUGGUAGCCGCUUCACAUUUUGUUUUUGCGUGCCUCCUGAUCCUGAGCAUAUCAUCCAUUGGUGAGUAAUACUUUAAUAGCAGGAUGAAAAUUUCUGUCUGACCGUGUAUUUGAGCCAAAAAAAAAAAAAAAAAAGGACCACAAAAGGGCGUCGGUCUCCUUUGAUCCCAUUGGCGCAAGCUAUUGAUGUUCCGGAAUCGAAUCAGCUGCACUGCAAACGUAAAAAGUCAACACAAGGGAAAUAGCGUAAUUUAUAAACCUGCCAACUCUCACUCAUGACGCCUGAGUUUCACGGCUGCGAACUAAAAACAUCGAUCUCACGCCGAGGACAAUUUGGCAUGCCUGACACACAAUCCAAAAAAAUCGAUUCUAUAAUACACGCCGGGGGGGGUACCCCCUAUAAAAGUGACGGGGGUGCUCGUCGUACCUAUUAGGGGUUUGAAUUUGUGGAUUGGUACCACUUAGGGUGUUAAAACCUAAAAUGACUGCUGCCAAAGUUGAUACGCUUUAUUAGGAUAAAGAUUUAUGACAAUACUUUCAAAACGUCCUUGAGAAGAAAGUGUUCGAAACUUAUCUUUAUCACUAUUAAAAUUGCAGUGCCACUUAUAUAAUUUGUUGUUGUUGAGUUGGAACCUCUUAGGGUGGAAAUGAAUUUGGGACACGCCCAUAAAACAAGAUUCUGGUACCUUUUAGGGGUGUUCUCGAAAUUUUUCGACAAGCAAACCCGUCUCUUUUAUAGGUGAGUACCCAUCGGAAUACAUGAUUAACUAGACUUGAUAAAAGGCGAAUUCACUGGGCUACUUACACUAGAUAGAAAUAUUGUACUUCAAGAUAACGACAAGUUUACUAAAACAGACAGCCCACUGCCCAUUGCCGAUCCUUUCCUCAUUGAUUGCACUGACUAGAGACUUUAAAUGGAUGAUCCUACAUACAUACAUAUACAUAAAACUUUAUUUCAUAUCGAAUUAAUGAGUGGCCAAAAAUAGGCUAGUAUCUCCGAGAAACAAAUAAAAUCCUAAAAUGAAAUAAGCCAUGGUACUCACUAACUACAUGUAAAGAAAAUAUUUAACUCUUAAUACAAUCAAUUAAUUAAUCGGUAUCGCCGAUGCAAAUUUCCCUUUCGUAAACGGUCGUUGCCAUUUGAAACGGUCGAUGCCAUUUCUCAGAACGGUCGUUGCCAUUUGAAACGGUCGAUGCCAUUUCUCAGAACGGUCGUUGCCAUUUGAAACGGUCGAUGCCAUUUCUCAGAACGGUCGUUGCCAUUUAAAACGGUCGAUGCCAUUUCUCAGAACGGUCGUUGCCAUUUGAAACGGUCGAUGCCAUUUCUCAUGACGGUCGAUGCCAUCGUAAAGGUCGAUGCCAAGAAGGAACCGAUAUUUCCGACUCUCUCCGACGACAUGCGUGACAAUCAGAGCAAUGCGUGACUAGCUUUCCUACAAACCAUUGCGAUUUUUAUCAAAUCAAAAUGGCGGACAAACCCGACAAUUUUCUCAAAGAUCUAAUAUCUUCAGCUAUAAAAGAAGUCGAAUCGAAAAGUAAAUCUUUUGAAUCGACCGAAAUUACAAAGGAGAGUUUUCUGGCUUCGCUUCCAGAUGAUUCAUUUUACUACCUGAAGGCAAUUUCAGGAAAUGGAGAAAAGUUCAAAAUGCACUUUUUGACCGAAGAUAUAACGAAAGAAAACCUGGAGCAGUGGAUAUCCGAAUAUGAAGUGAUAAACAGCAUCUCAGUGAAGUUAAAGACAAAGAAGGCACCAACAAGCGGCUAUGUGUUGCAAAACUACUAUAGAUGCCAACACAACACUCGCAACUGGAGUCCAAGUAAAGAUCCACAGCAGAAAUUGUACUUGAACCCAUCUGCCAGAGUAAAGAACACCAAUUGCCCCUUUCAGAUGAUAGUCAAAAUAGACAGCGAGGGAUGUUGUUCUGUGGACAUAGAGUGGGAACACAACCAUUCACUUGAAACUCUGGAGGCCUCUAAUUUCCGUGACCUUUCUCCUGAGUGCACAGAAAGGGUUUUGAAGUUGUUUGAAAGUGGGCAUACACCAGCAACCGCAAGGCAACAGUACUUGAAAGAACUCAAAGAAUCAUGUCAGGAUGAAUUGGAAUUUCACAGGAAAAAGGCCAAUCGGGCAGUUAUGCCGAGAAAAAGGGACUUUAGUUACCUCUACACGCAAUUUAGUAAGGAUAGGUAUGGUGGACAGGGCGUUAUUAUGUUUGAAAGACUUUCCGAAAGGCUUCAACAAUACAAGAAAGACAACCCUGAAGCUACCACUUGUUACCAGAUGUAUGAAGGUGAUGAUACGCCUCUUAUAAUUGCUAUUGUAACGCCUCUCAUGAACCGUGUACACAAGGAAGUGCAGCAGUCUGGUGAGAUGGUUUUUGUUGAUGCUACUUCUAAUACAGAAGAGCACAAUCUUAAAGUGUUUUUAAUGUGCACAAACAAUGUAUCUGGAGCACUUCCACUUGGCAUCUUGAUCACCAGUGAUGAGCAGGAGCGUACACUUAAACAGGGCUUUGAAAUGCUUCGGUCCUGUUUACCAGAGUAUGCAUUCAAUGGUCGUGGUCGGGAACAAGGCCCCCAAGUCAUCCUAACAGACAACUGUAAAGAGGAAAGAAAUGCUCUGAAGUCUGUUUGGCCAACAUCUGUUUUACUUCUUUGCAUCUUCCACAUGCUCCAACAACUUUGGAGAUGGCUUCACGAGAGCAAGAACAGUAUCAGCCAAGCAGAUAGACCCUAUUUUCUCACCCUUUUCAAGAGGUCCUUAUAUGCCGAGACAAAACAAGAUUUUGAGAACUGCUUCAGUGAACUUUUGAAUGAUGGCCGUUGCAAGAAAUACCCAAAUCUAGUCAGCUAUUUGCAAAAUCUAUACAAUGACAAAGAAUCGUUUGCUCUAUGCUUUAGAGCUGAACUGCCUGUUAGAGGGAACCACACCAACAAUUUUGCCGAGGCUCAGUUUUUGGUUCUUAAGGAUGUAAUUCUGCAGCGCACCAAAGAGUACAAUGUUGUUGGGCUUCUAGACAAGCUGACUAUUAAUCUAGAAGAUCACUACAAGAAUAAGCUCCUUAGUAUUGCUGAUGGGAGUUUUGAUGGCGUGUACAGACAUCGAUUCUUUGGGAAAGGGAAAGACGGAAGCACAGGGUUUAAAGUCCCAGAUAAAAAAGAUCUUGAUGCCUACAUCUCAACUGUAGAGAACUUUGGCAAUAAUGUAUUCAAAGUUGGAAGCUCUUCAGAUAGCAGUCACAGGUCAGUAGUGUUUUUUCUUCGCCGUCGCAAUAGCAUAACGCUCUGGUGGUACAAGAGGGCAUGUGUGGGUGGCCAUUAUUUUCCUAUCUUUCCCCCAUUGUCUGAUUCAAAUUAUCUUGAUAGGGGAAGCAGGGGGGGGGAGGGGGCAGUGUUUCUAGGCUCCUCCCCUUUGGAGCAAAAAUACAUAAAACAUGGGGACAUAACAUGCAUAACAUAUGAGAUAAUUCCUGCAGUUCAUCCAUAUGCUGCAUUUCAAGGAUGUUGAUUUAGCAUAAGGAAGACCAAAACAUGACUAAUAUAUUGUCCAGGGGGUGGGGUACCUUUAGUAAUUUCCCUUCUUGGCAGGGUUAUUGAGUUUUUUAUAGCAGAGUAAGAGCAAGCCCUUACUCUGCUGUUAGGAAUAUUCCCAUUAAUAUCUUAGUGGAUCAACCAGUUGAAGGUCUAGAAUGUAUCUAUUACAGAUUGAAAAACAAAAAUUCCAGUUGUAUUGAGAUAUUUAUGAAGUGUCUCAUUGGUUCUUUGUCAGUUAUACAGUGGACAUGACUCUUGGGAUAUGUAGCUGCACGGUUGGUAAAGACGGGAGCCCAUGCAAACACCAGUAUGUCCUGUGGGUGGCAAAUCUAGCAGACUGCAUAAACUUCAUUCCAGUCAGUAAUCCAAAUGAGAGGCAGAAAUUGGCCUGGCUAGCAAUAGGAAAGACACUUCCUGUUGCUUGUUAUAAGCCAUUACGCUCUAGUGAUGCUGGACAAACAUCACAAACUGAUGGUUCUAAUGGUUUUGUAACAGAGGCAUCCACUAGUAUGGAAACAGCACAACAAGGGCCAAACUGCUGCACUGCUGAACCAAUACAGAGCAAUGAUGAUGAUGAGGAUGAUUCCAUUGCAAAUGCUGAACAAUUGUUGAGAAACUCUUGUGAACAAAUAAUUCAAAAGCUCCAAAGCUCAAGAGACCUUAAUUUGGCUAAAGGUGUAAUCAGGUUCGCAAAAAGGGUAACAUCCUUAACCACUGCUAGAUCUAUGCAUUCUAAUUUGGCAAGCGCUCUUUUUACUUUUGGGUCCAGUGAGGUGAAAAAAACCCGGAAAUGGAAAAAAGAUCCGAGUCCAGCCCAACAGAAAACGAAAGUGUGGUAAUGGAAGACGUCAGGUUGUAUCAAAAGGGCGACCAGUACAACUUCAAGAACCCACCUCCAAGAGGAAGCGCAGCCAUGACUUGGCUAAAGCAGCACAAACAAACACUAAAAGUAGUAAGAAGUCUGGGUCCCAUACUAUGAAAUCCAAGACAAAGCACAUGCAAAGGAAAAAAUAGGAAAACAGAGAAAUCUUAGUGAAUAAACAAUGGAAUGUUCGCAUAAUGUUUAACAUAGAGGGAAAUUCACUUAAGGCAAAUUGCCUAGAUUAAAAACCUCUCUCCUUGCAUCUGCCCCUGAACAACAAGGUUAUUAAAAAGAUUGAGGUUUUGACAUUGUAAAUAAGUUUUAAUUCAUUUUUCCUGUUAAAGUCUAACACAACAUUUGUAAUGAUUUAAAAUUUGGUUUGAACAGUAACAUGAUGUACAUGUGCUGCAAUGACCACAAUUAAUUUCAAAAAUCGAUAAUAAUAAUAAUAAUUUAAAAACAAAAACAGUUAUGUAUUAUAGAUUGAUCCAAUAGUCCUUUCAAAUCAUCUCCAAUUAAAAUCACUAAAUGCAGGAUAGGUUAACUAAACAUGUGACUUUUGGUGUCUUAUAAGAUUUCGUUUCUCAGCAAAAGUCUUUUGACAAUGAUCACACUUGUAGCUGUCUUUAUGUUUCUUGUCUUUAUGCCUUUUUAGCUUUUGCUCAUGGUCAAACGAUUCAUUGCAUUCCUCGCAAAUGCACUCAUGACAACCUUUCUGGUGGUAUUUAAAGUCCUUCUCCCUUGUGAACUGGGUGCUGCAGGUUGGACAUUUUUUUAUCUCUGCUAUUCCCAUAUCGAGGUCUUCCCUCAAGCUCUGUGCUUUAUCUUUCCAGUCCUAUGAAGAUCAUAGCAUGAUAUUUUAAAAGGGGGUAAAUAUAUUAGGGAACAAUCGUGUAUUUAUGAUCCCCCCUAUUUUUAUAUAAACUAGAUUGCAAAGACAGUUUUUUUUCACCCUCUAUCAUAAUUUUUUGAGGAUAAUACCCCUUGCCCCCCCCCCUUCCCCCCUUUCCUCAAAACCUGCAUCCGCCACAUGUAGGUUAUUUCUAAUUAAAAUUUAGGGUAAAUUAAUUGGUACAUUAUAAUGGGCCAUGCUAUCCCCUAGGUAUAUUUUAGAGUUCUUUCUGGAAAAAUAACAAGUCUGAACAUUAUAUUACAAAAUUGACAUUCAGCUUGAGGUCCCAACUUGAUUCAAGAUCAACAUUCAUAACCUAAAAUACUUUUAAUUGGAAAGUUUGACGAGAACAUUUACACUCUCGGUCCUUACAAAGUUAGCCAUGUAAACCACAUAGCAGUCCACUGAAAUGGGGCAGGGUUAAUACACAAACACUCGCAAUGUUAGAAGUUUAUAACUAACCUUUCGUCUGUCUGUCGGCAAUUUCUUCCACAUAUUGCCAACCACUUUGGAAACCUACCCGAUUCCUGCCCCCUUUCCAAGUUGUUCCUUGACAUCUGGCUGUGGAAUGAUACAAAGAACGAGGAAACUAUAUCAGCUUAUAUCGAAUGUAAUUUCAAGGCCUACAAGAAUAACGAAUAUAAGUGCAACACUUAUAGAUAACAUAUUUGUUAAUGACAUAAACGAAAAUUUUACAUGCGGUUUAUUUUUCACUGAUAUUUCUGAUGACUUAAUCUUAAUCACUUGUAAUCGGAUGUAAAGGAUGAACUAGCCUGUGCCAGGCUCUCAGAUAGUAUAGUGGAAACGUAUUAAAACGAGCAAAGCGAAAAUAAGACGCGCCUUUCUUAUUACUGAACGACUUUCGACCACUAUCUCGGAGCCUGGAACAGGCUAAGGAUGAACAAGCACUUUAUCCAGGCUAAAGGGGGGAAUUUCAUAUAUCCCAUGAUGCAUCGCUUCAUACUAUAUUAUCAAGCUUCCGAACGCACGUGAUACUAUCAGUUCAACAGGGACGUGACAGUUGAACGGCAGCGGAAAGCGACUUGUUUUGCUGAUAAGACUUUCUGUACCUUUGCUGUGUCGAUCUAUUUACGAUUUUCGUUUUACUAUUCCAAAUAUAUCUCUUGUUAAGGCAAAGAGAGUGUUUCGGCCGCCGAUUAUGAGUUAACUAGCCUUACGAUAGCAACGGAGUCCACACAAAUGUUCUUAGAAGCUAGCGAGGAGGGUCUUUGAUUCGGUACGUCCUGUUUUAACGUGCGUCGAUAAAGCUCUCCAUGGAUUAACAAGCGAUUUCCACGUACUUGUCUUGAAGUAAAUACAUAUUCUAGGUGUGAGAGUUCUCUUCGUUGCUUGUUGGUGAUCGCGGUGUUCAUAUUGUCAGUUCAAUAAUUCAUCGAUGCAGUACAUCAGAGUACAUCAACCGUACGGUGACCGAACAUGCUUUUACUUCAACAAGCUCGGCUUAUGUAGUCGAAAAUACCAAGACCGUUAAAGUGCAAAGUGACGUCUAUCGGAGAAAAAAUUGAAAGGAGGGAAAUAGCUCCAACAAGCAAUAAAAAUAACAAAGACAUAUCUAUAUUUUUCGUAACACAACACCAGCUAAGCAUCACUGCCAAACAUAAACGGAAAAAAGCUUUAUUAAGAAAUGGCAAAAUACAUAUACAAAAACACCCACUUCUUCACUACAAUGGAUCCUAAAAGAAUUAUCAAAAUGUCUUAAAAGGUUUUAUACGCCGGUUGAGGUCCUACGGCAUGCUAUUCCAUGACAUUUGCUGGCCUGUAUAUUUCAAGUUCGCCACGCGCGGUUGCGACCGGAAGCCACCAAGAGAAACCAAUUUUACCUAAAAUAAUGAGACAAAAAAGCAUUAAUAACUAUAAACCAUUGAAUUUAAACUUUCAUCAUACCCUCAAGAGAUGAUAUUUGUGUUUUGAUCGGCGAAAAAAGAGCGAAUUCAAGAAAAAAUGUCCCAUCUUCGCAGGACUUAGCAGAAAGAAAUUGAAACCUUCGUCUUGCAUCUUAGCGGAGAAAGGCAGAAAAUGCGAUAUUUCAAAACGAUCAAACCCAUGAAAAUCGCGAGGUCGAAAGAGGUCGGAGCGUGGAACUAGUAUCAAGCACCCCUUGUCCGCCGAUUUAAAUAAUUUAUUAGGGCUAAACCUUGCUAGAAUAAAGACAGUUUUCGAAAAUUGAAAGUCAUCUAAAAAAAUAUUCACUAGCGAGUUAAAACAGCAUGGCUUAACAGGGUCGUACACGAGAGCAAUAAUGCGUGAAAUGACCAUGGAACCAUUUUACAUUAUUAAUAAGAUACCAAAGAUUAACAGGGCUCAUUGAAACUUACCUAGGAUGAGCUGCAUCUUGAAAUUCAGGUCGUUGAAAAUCUCCCUCGAAACCCUCGAACGCUCUUUCCACCGCGGAGAGAAGACAGAAAUUUGGCGCGAAGCAUCAUGGGAUAUAUGAAAUUCCCCCCUUUAUCCAGGCUGAAAAUGAUUGAAUAUUUCGGGAAAUACAAAACAAACUCACCGCAACCGACUGCAUAAAGGAGUUCCACCCCUUUGGCUUCUUAAUUGAUUUUUGUUUUGUUUCUGCACAAGAAGAAUGGGUUGGUUCUGGUUCAGCUGGCUCAACUCUCGCGCACGUGGAUUGCUCCGCCAUCUUGUAAACAACACUGCCCGGAAGUGACGUCCGAGCGUGCCAACCGCGUACGAGCUAUUCACGAGGGCUGUCGUCUGCUCGGCUAGUUUUCGAAAUGGCAUCGACCGUUUCAAAUGGCAACGACCGUUCUGAGAAAUGGCAUCGACCGUUUCAAAUGGCAACGACCGUUUACGAAAGGGAAAUUUGCAUCGCCGAUUUGCUGAAAUAAAGCCAUGUAAAGGGUUCUCUGUUUGUCAGGCAACGCGUUCCAGAACUUAGCAGCAGUAUGCUAAACGAAUUUAAGCCAUAAAAAGUAGUAACAGGUUCAGGAAGACUAAGGAUAUCAGAACCUCUUAUCGAACAAUCAACAGAUCUCAGAGAAAGCAAUUCUUUGCGAUACUUCGGAUACUGUUCAAAAUGAAGACACUAGGUCACCGUAUGAUAAGACUUUGUCAUUUAUGAUGACCCUAAGAAUGCGUUUGUUCAACAUUUCUAGCUUAUCCUUAUUUCGGGAGUCACAAAAAUGCCAUACGGUAGAACAAUACAGGAAGUGUGGUAAUAUAAAUGUUUUGUAGAGGCGUAAUAAUACAGUGGCAGGUAUAAGCUUGCGAAAUCUACUUAUGACAUUUAAUUGAUUAGUUAUCUUUUCACAUAUGUUAGAGACGUGUUCAUCAAAACAGAGUCUGUCAUCCACAGUUAUUCCAAACGAUUCAAUUGAUUUUUGUACCAGAAAGGAAAACACGUGAUCCGUGUUUCCUAUUAUCAUGGCCUGGUGUUUGGUGAGAUUGACCAACAUACCGUUGCUUCUUUACCAUUCGCUUGCAAUAUUAAGUUGAUGAAUGAGCCUUCUGUCGAGUAAUUUAGGGUCAGUGUCGGAGUCAUAUCGGCAUACGCAUGAAGCUUUAUCUCCGUACCAUGAUAAAGUAAGUCAUUGAUAAAAAUAUUGAAAAGCAGGGGCCCAAGUGCACUGCCCUGAGUUACUCCUCUUGAAACCGCUGCCCAUUCAGAUGUUACAUCUCCAAUUUUAACCUUCUGCAAUCUUGCUGAGAGACAGUCCUUAAGCAGCGUAGAAGCGCUGCUACUCGGGCCAUAUGCUUUUAAUUUGGCCAGAAGAAGAGCGUGCGGUAUUGAAUCAAACGCUUUCGAUAAGUCCAAUGAAACAAUCCCAACAAGUUCUUUGUGUCUACUCCUCCUCCAGUCCUCAGUGAGUCUCAGAAGCGAAGUCUCACGACUAUGGAAUUUUCUGUAGGGGGAUAGCAAGUUUGAUAGGAGCCCAUUGUAAAGUUCUUCAAGCUGAGAUGACAGUAGCGUAUUCAGACAUGGUAAUACCUUUACUGUUCUGUUUGACAAGUUCUUCAUCCUUUUUAAAAAUUAGAGUUAUUUGUCCCUUCUUCCAACGGCUGGGACAUUUGCAUAGAGAAAUGGAUGCGUUUAUGAUAUUUGCAGUAGUGGCCGAUGUUUCUUUGGCGGAGUCCUUAGUAAACCGUGGUGACAGGAAAUGGUGUCCAAAUGACUUUCUUGUAUUUAAUUUUCAAUAGUAACUGCUCAACUUGUAUUUUGUUUUCGUAAGUUGGAAGCUGAAACAAUCCUUGUCACGCUGUUUAGUAUUGUUCUUGUGAAUGGUAAUUAUACUUGGAUGGGUACCUUGGCAAAAAUGAUCUUCUGCAUAAUUACCUUUGAUUUCAUUGAAAUCCCUCGCAUUGCUGACAAAAUAAUCAUUAAAGACAUUUGCGAUCUCUGUCUUGUCCUUGAUUACCACGUCGUGUACCUUUAGUAUUAUAUCAUUUGGAUGUUGAAGUUUUUUGGGGGUGUAAAAACGGCUGAUACACAUUCCAAACGUCUCUUCGGUUAUCCGCCUCAGAUCUCUUUGCGAAAAAGUUACGAAUGGCCUUACGUCUUAAUGAAGUACACCGAUUUCUCAGCCACUUGUGUGAAGCACAGUUCAAACUCAAAGUGCAAAUUCUGGCAUAUCUCACCAGUUGAGAUACGUAAACACCGUAAGCUGGAUUGGCGGGAAUGUUGCUGUCCAUAUGAGGAAAGUUGACAAUUUGGAAUGCAAAGUCAUCUCUCUUAUCGUAGAUGCUGAUACGGAAAGGUGUGGUUACGUCGCCAGUCUUGACAUUUGUGUCGCGAUAACACACUUCAGUAGAUGAUGCGGAUGUGUCCUUAAGUUAAAUGGGUAGUUAAACGGGUAAAUCGCGCUGAUGCAAUUUCUAAAGUUCACAUUGUUAAUAGUGAAUAAGUCGCCGAUAUAUCGAAAGUUGUUGCUGAACUGGAUGGCUUUUGUAAUGUCUUGUUUCAUUGUUUUGACCAUAAAAUCGUACUCAAAGGUAUGAAGGAAGAGAUCAGCCAACAAAGGUGCACUGUUGGUGCCCAUGGGUACGCCAAUAACCUGCCAGAAAACCGAGCUUCCAAAACGAACGUAGAUGUUAUCGAUAAGAACGUCAAUAGCGAGACCAAGCUCUCGACAGGAGAAGUACGUGUACCUUCUGGGCGAAUGAUAAGACGUCAACGAGGUGCGAAAAUUAUUGGUAGCAAUGAAGCUUUUUCUUUUAGUAUUGAGAACUCUCUCCAAAAGAUCAUGAAGUUGCUUUUUAAGCUGGGCGUGUGGAAGGCUAGUAUAAAGAGUAGAAAUGUCCCAAGUACUGACAUAAUUUAGGGAAAGCUGUUUUUCCUCCAGUGCACAGAUAACGUCCAACGAAUUAUUGAUUAUCCACAAGCAGUUAACACCUGUCCUUUCUCGAAUCGUCUUGUAGUAAGCGGUGCAGUGGCUGCGAACUAGUUUAAGACACUCAGUAAGUAAUUUAGAAAGCCUAUUCGUUGUGCAUGAGCUUGAACCUGCAAUAAAUCUUGCACUAUAUGUAGUAGUCUGGACAUGGAUUCAUCGGUUCAUUUGAUGUACCAUGAUCCGAGUGAUCUCGGAUCACUAAUCCUGAUCCGGAUCAUCUCAAAGGAACGCACCCUUAAUGUCUUUUAGUUAAUUAUUAUUUAUCCGCUACUUUAUUUUCCUACCUACGUACACUUGUGUAAAUAUCUUAUACAGUGUGAAAUAAAGAUGAAUAGAAUUGAAUUGAAUUAACAAACCAUUACGCAACAGUGCAGCCGACCAUUCGUUAUCAAGGUCGAUCAUUUCGCACAUGGUAUAUAUAUUGAUGGGUUAUAAUUUAAAAAAACCGAUCCUUGUUUGGCCAAUGGGCAAUUAUACCAUUUUUUUAGAUGUUCGAAAAUCCUAGGAGAGGCAGGCAAGCAAGAAAUUUUCCAGCAAAUGUUCCGAGAAUUCUAGAUCUCAAAUCGUCUUCCAAACAGCUGUUUUUCGAAAAUUGACGUUGGGUGCCCCUGUAGUUUAGGUGAACCAUUUCACACAAAACGACCAGACUAUUUUGUUUUAAGAAUGAUCCUUCUUUAUUAUUUGAACCAUAUCGUAAUUCAUCACUAGACCAUUUGCGUUUUGUCUGUGCUAUUUGACAUGAUUGUAUUUUUGGUGGUAACGGCCGCCCACAACUUGGGCUUCGUUCCACUGUACGAAUACUGUAAAAGUACAGUGUUACAUUGUGUUGGGGUAAAACGAUCCUUAAAUUUGUAGGAAAAAGUGAGUACAAGUCAAUGAAACCUACGCUACAGUUAAUUGUUGUUGUCCUUGAUGCUCACACGGAGUUUCGUGAAAUAUGCUCGUAUUCUCCCUCCAUACAGUAAAAUAAACAAGGUAGGUCGUAAGAUGAAAUCUCAGCCGCCAUCGUAUCCCUUACAACACGACUCUUUUCACAAAAUUCGAACUCCAACGGUAAAUAAACACGCUAGGCUCAUAGAAAUAGGUCUUCCCCUGAUAUAGAAACCAGUGAAGCUUUCCCAGCUAGCAAAAGAGAUCCAGCAGACUUUGUGAAGCUGGAAGAAGAGAAUCCAAACAUGGCCGCUACCAUGAUGUAUUUAAUGGAUCAACGCGCGGCCAAGCAAACGAGGCUUGGGUUGGGCACUGUACAAAAUCAAAUCCACCCAGGGUCCCUGGGGUGGCCUUCUGGACGUCACAACCCCAAAGUUAAUCUCCCCCGCCCCCUGGAAAAAUUUACUCGAGAGAUAUACACCUUUUUCAAUCUCAAAACACUACUGGGCCUGGGUCACCUGCGAUUAACCCUAAAAUAUGGAAUCCUGAGAAGCCCUAUCUGGUUUUGUUUUUAUUCCAGCGCAAAAGCCACCCGCGGCGUUAUAGUGUGAACACUGCCUCAGAAUUUACGGUUACGGAGCAUCCUGUGCUCAAUUUAUACUUCAACAAAACGCUAUUUUAGUUAGCCUAAAUGAAUGUUCUACUCGAUACAAAAAUCCGUAAUGAAUAUGCCAGAAAUUGAAAUAUUUCCGGGUCAUAUUUAACAUUAAUUUUAUUGGCUGAAAUUUUCGCACUGAUGAAGAUCUAUUUCUUUGUAAUGAAUGGACAUCAUUGUUGUGCUACCUUCAAAAACACUACGACCCCAGUCCCUACUUUUCCCAAAGACCAGGAAGUACACGUCUUACAUCAGAUACAUAAGCAACGAAUCUUUUUCCUUUUUCCUUUCUUUAUCUCCGUACUUCUUUCACAACCGCCAAAAAAUAAUGAUCCAUGGUUUUAUUUAUUUCCAGUCUCUGGUAUUGAGUGUCCAAUGUGUACCAAUGUCCCCGGAUUAGGAGCAGGCAAAUGCGACAGUGGCAAAGUCCCCACAGUUAACUGCUCCGAUGAAUUGGAUCAGUGUAUGAGCUUGAAAGGGAAAAUGGGGUUUCCUGGCUUUACUCAGAGCAUUGAACUAAAGAACUGUUCCAACAACGUUCUGUGUGACUCAGCCAGCGACCACAACGGUACGAACCGCAAUGAAUUUUCCCGCCUUCUCCUCCCCUCCCACCAUGUAAAUUACGCGUCGGGGAUAGUGGGUGUUUCUUUGUGGUGUAACUGAAUAGUUGAGAUUUUGGCAGUCGGUUAGUGUGAGCAUUUAGGACCUAAAUGCUAUUUUUUGCCCAUAUAGAUCUAGCUUAUGGUAGUUAUAUAAAAAUGUUAAAGAAAUACACAAAGAAAAACCAAAUGGCCAUCAUGCUGUAUCGAAUAGAGCAAUAAUUUCAACAUCUUUCUCACAAUUAAAGUUUACUACAGCCGUUAACUGGUUCGGGAAUUUGGUUUCCUGUAUUGGUACAACCACGCCCAGAUUGGUCUUUGUUAAGUAGGGGCAAGGUCAAGCGUAUAGAUUCCAUUGAUUAAUCGAUCAUUUAAAAAAUGAAUCAGUUAGUCGUUGCCUGAGUCUCCAGCCUCACUAAUGUCUGUUGAAACGAAUAGCCACUUCCGUUCGUAGAUACGGACCAAUCAAAUACGCCGUUUUCCAACUUUGGGUAAACUCAUGUUUAAUUUGUGCUGAUGUCCGAAACGUUUGGUAUUAGGGUGUUAAAACCAUAUCAAAGGAAAGCCAUGGUCCAAUUUUUGCAGAAGAUUGAUGUGUUCUUAGAUCUUUUAACUGGAUGUGCAAGGUCGCCUAUUUAUUACUGUGCUUUUCACAAACAUGGGGAUUCUGAAGUUCAAAAGCCAACUGACGACUGCGUUUCGCUGUCGUCAAUCAUCUUAACGGACCUCUUAGAAAACAAAACCUUACUUUAACGGGUUCAAAAGGUCAUGGAUUGUGAUUUGUGAUUGGUGGAUUUCGAUCCGUUUGGGGUGUUUCUGUGUUGCAAGCUUCGUUGCUUGUGAUCGUAAUUAUGAUUGACGGCAGCGAAAAACGCAACUGUAAAGGCGCCUUUUGAACUUUAGAGUUCGCAUGUUUGUGAAAAGCGCAGUAAGUUUUACUGUUUGUUUUCGACUCCAUUUUUGAAGCUACUGGCCAUGUUGUUGUUGUCGGGCUUCGUCGCUUGUAAAUAGUAUCAAAGACCAGACCGAUAAGCUGGCAAAUCUUGGUAUCCUUGUCGCUUUGCUUAGUGAUAUCUGUGAAGAAAAUGCAAAGGGGUGUACGAGCAAGGAAAUGUUUGAAGUAAAACAUGCAAGGGGCGACAGGCCGCAUUUCUCAGACGGUAUGGGAUUUUACGUAUUGCUCUAACACGAAAAUCUCUUUCAGUCUUUUUGUACUUAUUAAAAUGUACGGUUAUUUGUCCGUUGCUGUGUCUUUUUCUGUAGCGGGCAAAUAUCGUAUUGGUACAGUUUGUACUUUGGCUGAAGCACCAUUUUUCACGAACUGAAAAGUGUUGUGAAAGCGAAGUUCGCUCAGAAUAAUUCGAAGGUUUCUAAAGGAGGAACUACAGUCAAACCGCCACUGAAACCGGGACAGAUUAACUUCAUGAAUGGAUUAUUUGAAAAGUGAACCCGUUUGUCGCUUCUGUAACUUGUAGCCGGUAUCAAAUUAAAUUCAAAUGAUCGGCGAAUUUUUGACUGCAACUUUUUAGUUUACGAUGACAUGGAAAAUAGUUCAAUGGAUGAAAUUCUAUUUAGACAUUCUUCAAAUUCAAGAGAACUGAGCCGGCAGAAAUUUCAUAACGAACUGGCGUAUGUAUUCACUGCUCGUGACGCAAAAAACAGAUUACAGAGAUAAAUGGAGAGGGCAUGAUCGCAGGCUAUUGUAUUUCUUGACUGUAAAUUCUAAUUUUCCGAGGAGGAUCUUCAUGCUUCUCACAUAGGAGUCACCUCCUUUAUUUCAGCAGAAUAACUCCUAUCCUUCUUUUUCAGCGUGCAAGCUCCUGAACAAGACGGGCUUUCUU